AACCGUAGAGAGGAAGCCCUGCCUUUCCUAGUGCUUGUGAACCUCAUACAGUGUCUCUGUGUCAAACACAAUCAUUACUCCGGGAAGCACAAAAUUUGAACAUGGAAUCAGCGGUGCAUUAUACAUACACCCUCCCGCCGGAGGACGAUCUAGAAAUUAAGAGCAUGGCGGACUCGGUGAGGGCUGUGGAGAAGCUGUUGAAUUACAAUUUCACGGACAAGAAGCUUUUGGAGGAGGCCUUGACUCACUCCUCCUACACUGGGUCAGCUUCCUAUCAGCGGCUAGAAUUCGUCGGAGAUGCAGCUCUGGGUUUAGCCAUCACGAAUUACAUGUUUUUGGCAUACCCGGACGCCGACCAGGGCAAGUUAUCCCUCGUGCGCGCCGCCAAUAUUAGUACCGAGAAGCUCGCCCGAGUAGCCAUCCGCCACGGCCUGUACAAAUAUGUACGUCACAAUGCUACCGCCCUUGAUGAGAAGGUGCACGUACCCAAGAAUUGUUCAUUGGAGCUGCAUUAUCAAUUGCUUAUUGGGGAUCCGAGCCAACUUUUCCAUUUUGAAGUCUACCAAAGUCGAGUCCUUUUCAUGGUUAUGCUUCAGGUAAUGGAAUUUGCAAUAGCGAUACAAGAAGAGGAGGAUGCAGAGGUGCAUGGAGGAUUAUUGAAAGCACCAAAAGUUCUAGCAGACAUUGUGGAGUCUGUGGCAGCUGCUGUAUACGUUGACUGCAACUUCAAUUUGAAGGAUAUGUGGUUGGUCAUUAGAGACCUCUUGGAGCCUAUUGUCACAAUUGGUAUGCUUGAACAACAACCACAACCAGUGACAAUGCUUUUUGAGUUGUGCCAAAAGGAUGGAAAGCAAGUUGACAUAAGACAUUGGAGAAAAGGAGAGAGAAAUGUUGCAAGCGUCUAUGUUGAUGGACAUUUUGUUGCUUCAGCUUCUGCCGAGCAAAAAGAAAAUGCAAAGCUUCAUGCAGCGAAGGCUGCUUUGCAGAAGUUGUCAUACAAAUCCAGUGACAUGAUGGGGCCCGACAUCUUCAGCGAACUCAAUGGGGAUAUGGAGAUUGAAGGAGCAAAACAAAAGCUCCAUGAGUUAUGUGGCAAGAAAAAGUGGCCACGACCAGAUUACAAAGUUGAUAGAGAGGUUGGUCGAUCUCAUGAGAAGAGAUACAUAUGCUCCGUUCAAAUCGAAAUCGAUGAAAGUGUACUCUUAUCAACAGGGAACGAAAAGACACGGAUAAGAGAUGCAGAGAACUCUGCAGCUUCUGCAAUGCUUCAUGGUCUACGAGAAUCUAAGUACCUUUGAUGAUUUCUCCUAUUGUUUUUAUAGAAUUGUCAACAUUUUCUCCAUUUGAAUUCGGUGACCAAUAAUGCAUCAUCAUUUCAUUCCAAAUGCAUUAUGCUGUUAAAGCAACAGAUUUUGCUUGCAUUUCAAAACUUCAGUAUAUUAUGUUUUUGUAUUUCUUGACA